AUGGAUAUACAUAACAGAGUGGUGGUAUUAAUUGAUAUGGACUGUUUUUAUUGUCAAGUUGAAGAAAAGCUAAAUCCAGAACUAAAAGGAAAACCCAUUGCUGUUGUGCAAUACAAUCCAUGGAAAGGCGGAGGAAUAAUAGCUGUGAACUAUGUAGCAAGAGCCAUGGGUGUUACUAGACACAUGAGAGGAGAUGAAGCCAAGGAGAAAUGUCCUGAAAUACAGCUGCCUUCUGUGCCAUGUUUAAGGGGGAAAGCUGAUAUUUCCAAAUACCGAGAUGCUGGCAAAGAAGUUGCUAAAGUUCUACAAAGGUUUACAACACUGUUAGAAAGAGCUUCUAUUGAUGAAGCAUACUUAGAUAUAACAACACCUGUUCAAGAACGCCUUAAAAUCAUCAACAUAAAUACAAUAAGUACAGACAUGAUGCCUAACACAUUUGCUCUCGGAUAUCAAAGCAUAGAUGAGUUGGUGUCUGAUGUACAUAAUUAUGGAGGAGAUUGUAUGGAAUUUGAUAUAGAACAUGCAUCACGGUUGCUAGUGGGGGCUGUGAUUGUUAGUGAAAUAAGAGCUGCUGUAUAUGAAGAAACUGGCUACCACUGCUCAGCUGGCAUUGCACACAAUAAAAUUUUAGCUAAGCUUGUAUGUGGAAUGAACAAACCCAACAAACAAACAAUACUACCAAAACAUAGCAUUAAUUUGCUGUAUCAAACAUUACCACUAAAAAAAGUAAAGCACUUGGGUGGAAAAUUUGGAGAUGCAGUAUGUGAAACUUUAACAAUUAGACUAAUGGGAGAACUACAAAAAUUUUCUGAAAAUGAGUUACAAGUGAGAUUUGAUGAGAAAAAUGGAACAUGGCUUUAUAAUAUAGCGCGUGGCAUUGAUUUAGAGCCAGUUCAAGCUAGAUUUAAUCCAAAAAGUAUUGGAUGCUGCAAACAAUUCCGUGGGAAAUCUGCUUUAACAACAUUAGAUAGCUUAAAAAAAUGGCUUAGAGACCUAGGGUAUGAAAUUGAAGAUAGAUUGGAAAAGGAUGCCUUAGAAAAUAAUAGAACCCCUAAACAGAUGGUGGUUAGUUUUUCUACUCAAACCCAAGAUGGUAGGGAUAUUAGCAGUAGUAGGUCUUACAAUUUUACCCCUGACGAUGAACUAUGUGGGGAUUUAUUUUCAACCAAAGCUCUGGAAUUGAUUUUAGACAGUGCUGAAGGUUGUAAAUUGAAAGAUGAUGAACCUGAUCGAAGAUUAAAAGCACCAAUAAAAUUUCUUGGUAUAAGUGUGGGCAAGUUUGAAGAUAAUGAUACCAAGAAAACAAAGAAAAUUAAAGAUUACUUUAUUGCUGGUUCCUCUACAGUACAAAGUACUAAAGAAAACUUAAAACCUGAUAGUGUAGACACAAAAUGCUGUAGCAAAAUUGUUGACAAAGAACAUGUAUUUAGAAAAUUCUUUCAAAUUACAGAGAAAGGAGCAGAACCACUAUGUGGUAAUGCAAGUUCAUCAAAAACUAAUAUUGACAAUUAUUGUAAAACAAAAGACCUUAAAAGUGACAUUCAACAAAUAGAAUCAAGCUUAGAAAGACAAGAAUCAUUCUUUGCUAAGUUUUUAAAUAGAAACAAACAUCCAAAUGAAAAAUCAACUACACCAGUAUGUAAGGUAGAAACUUGUGGCGAUGAAAGCAAUGAUACUAAUUACUCUGGAUCUACUAUUGAUGAAGAAAUAAAUAAAAGUAUUGCCAUGUUUGAAGAUGAUCCCUUAGAAGUAGACAGGGUCAGUAGUAUGAGGCAACUACUUAACACAUCUAAAGUAGGAAAAGAUACCCCUGAUGUGGAAGAAAAUGGACAAUUAGAUUUAGCUAGCAAUAUUGUAAUAUGUGAACCUAAUAUAGAAGUAAUACAAUGCUCCGAAUGUGGGAAAAACAUAUCAUUAGACAUGUUUGAUAUUCAUGCUGAUUACCACCUUGCUUUAAAAAUAAGAAGUGAAGAAAGAGAGCAGAUACGAAAUAAAGUUGAAAGCAAAAAGAAAGAUUUGGCAAAGAAUACUGAAUCAUUAAAAAAACAUGAGGAAAAUACAAAUAAAUCAAUAGCUAACUUUUUGGUUAAAAUUGAUGAAACUAUUCCAUGUAAAAUGUGUUCUGAAUGUGGAAGCAGGGUUCCAUUGGAGAAAUUUGAAGAGCAUUUAGAUUUUCAUGAAGCUCAAAGAUUAAGCAGAGAAAUUAAUAGGCCAUCACUACCUGUUAAUAGUGCUAAGAGGAAAAGAAAAUCUGCAUCACCUCUUAAGAAACCCAAAAUGCAAUGUAAAUCUAUAGAUCUGUUUUUUAGAUGA